AUGGGAAGUAAAACACCGACGGAAUCCUCGCCGCCGCUGCGCGUCCAAGUGAAGAAGGAGAACGAGGAGGAGAUCAAGGACUUCGCGGAGACAGCGAUGAACGAGCUGCUCGGUUGGUACGGUUACGAGCGGCUGGAGCUGCGGCGCUGGGCUGCCUCCAGGGCUAGAGACAAUUCCAGCCCCGAACAGGCCGCUGACCAGAAGGGCAAAGACGAAUGCUCUUGGUGCGGGAAGAGUAUAACCGGCGAGGGGGGUGCUCUGCAGCAGGCCGGCUCCGCGUUCUGCUCCGAGCUGUGCUUCAGCCAGUCGCGGCGGGCGAACUUCAAGCGCGCGAAGACCUGCGACUGGUGUCGCCACGUGCGCCACACUGUAGCCUAUGUCGAUUUCCAGGACGGCGCCACCCAGCUGCAGUUCUGCUCGGACAAGUGCCUCAACCAGUACAAGAUGCACAUCUUCUGCCGCGAGACGCAGGCGCACCUGGAUCUCAACCCGCACCUGGCCAACGCGUCCACCACCUCGAGCCUCAUCACGCCGGAGCUCUGGCUGAGGAACUGCAAGAGCGGAUCCGCGUCCCCGGUUUCCGAACACUCGGAGUCGCCGAAGAGCGAGCAGACCGCUGCGCCGCUGCCGCUGAUAACCGUCGCGCCGGCCGCCAAGCUGAUGCGGCCCAAGACAGAGGAGAGAAGAGAGGAGAAGCCGAUGCAAAGGUCACCAGAGACCAGAAAGGAGAGGGCGACCAGGACCGCGAGGAAACGCAGGGCCUCAAAGUGUUCGGCGACGGUCACCUCGCAGAGUCUGAGGAGCGGCACCCCUAAAGCGCAGGACUUGAGGUUGAGGAGCCCCUCAGUCGAGGGAUCGCAACCCUUCCCCCACUACGGGGUAUUGAACGAUCGUUCGGGGGAUCCCCGUCCGUUCGCGCCGCUAAACGGGCAUUCGGGGGAUCCCCGUCCGUUCGCGCCGCUGAAUGGCCUUUCGGGGGAUCCCACGCCGUUCGCGUCGCUUAACGGGCUUUCGGGGGAUCCCCAAACGUUCCCGGGGGUCGGCUUCCAGCGGCCCGCUGCCCCGGACAUCCCCCCCUUCCCGCCAUUAAGCCAGCCCCCGCCCGUUACGGUGCUGGUGCCGUAUCCAGUGCUGCUGCCGAUACCGCUGCCGAUUCCGAUACCGAUGCCGAUGAGCGCGUUCGCGCGCGCCCACCGCCUGCGGCCGGAGCCAAGCGGCGAGGAGACGGAGCCGCUCGACUUCACCAUGACGGACAGAAAGCGGGACGAGGCCAAACCAGCCCCGAGCAUCGAGACUGCGAAGACCCUCGAGGAGCCGAGGAGCCUCGGGGAGCCAAGGACCCUCGAGGAGCCAAGUACCCUAGGGGAGCCAAGGACCCUCGAGGAGCCAAGGACCCUAGUGGAGCCAAGGACCCUCGGGGAGCCAAGGACCCUAGUGGAGCCAAGGACCCUCGGGGAGCCAAGGACCCUCAACGAGCCGAAGAGCCGCGAGGCAGACGGCAGCCCCGAACAGGCCCUGCCCAAGUUCAAGAUAACGCGCCUCGCGAGGGGCAAAGCGAGCGCCAAGGCCCGCGAGGCGGAGUCCAGUCGGCCGCUGCGGAAGAGGCGGAGGCUGGUGGAAGUGCCGCCGGACGACGAGCCCCUCAUCCCCAAAACGAGGAAGACCGUGGAGGUG